ACAGUCUUUUCUUUUCGAAUUUUGAUUUAUUUAAAUUGUUUCUUAAUUAUUAUUCUUUGCUUGAUUAGGGAACUGUUCAAUUUGGGAUCUGUCCGACCCUUUCCACUUGUCUGCCCCCUACCUGUUCCUCCCCCUCCAGCCCGGGCACUGGGCCAGUCCGUCAGAUUGGCCCUCGAGUGACUCUUCAGACUUCGGGCACAGCAGUGCAUGACACUGCUCACUCGAUCACAGACCAAGGCCAUGGACCGGAAGGCGGGGGAAUCCCUCCUGAGCUAUGAGGAACGCCUGACGGCAUUCAUUCAAGAGGCCAACGAUAGGGCCGCCGCCACGGCCAAGGAACGUCAGCAGCUUGAACAAGAGGGGGAGGCCAAGCGACAGAAGGAGGAACAGGACCGACUUCCAGGAGGAAAUCCUCCACCUGCAGCAGACAGUGGACCRGAUGCUCGCACGGCUGCAGGCGUUGGAAAAACAGCCAGCAGCUGUAGCAGCCGCAGGGCCUGCAAACCUUGCGACCGUGUUCAAGUCUUGGAGGACGACGUCGGCAAUAUCAAGCGUGUGCAUCAGGACUUCAGAACGUCGCAGCAAGCAACGAACUUGCAGUUGGAGACGCAGGUCCAGGCGGCUGCCACCGUGACGCCCGCCGCCGCAUCCUCYAGGCGCCCACCCAAGCUAGAUGACAUUCCAGUCUUCUGCGAUCAGUCCAAGACGGAACCGAUCCCGUGGUGGCGCCUGUUUACUCUCCGGCUCAAUAUGCACCAUGUCCCGAACAACGAUCGACAUCCGUGCUUGUACCACCGAUCUGGUGGUGCGUGUCAAGCAUGGUUGGACAACAUCUUGACCAGCCAYGGCGUAGCAGUGUCGGAACUACACACCAAACUCACUUGGCAGGAGUUGACUGACGCCURGCACAAGCGAUUCCAAGUGGAGCCGCCCGACCUGCAAGCGAUGGACAAGCUCAACAAGCUCCAUCAAAACACRCUGCUCAGUCAGGACUGGAUCACCGAGUUUCAAAGACUCGCCUCCACACCUAACCUGCCGCUCGCAUUCCGCGCCAUCAAGCACUUGWUUAUCAUGCGCUCGUGUCCGGCGCUGCAAAACGCGCUUACGCAGAUUGCAGAGACACUCGACACAUCCGACAAGCUUUUUAGCACAGCGUCACGGAUCAUUCUGACAAAUAUCGAAGCCCGCAACGCAGGGCGAUCUUCCGCGACAACGAGCGGCACCCAGCUCAAGCCAAAGGUGGCUUGCAUUAUUUCUUCCGAGCCUGCAACACCAAACGAGGGUGAAGUGUUGGCAGCUGCCCGGGAUGGUGGCCGGCCGCGCAACAACCACGGCCGCGACAAGACGAAGACUCAAUCCACCUCGACACCGAGCACCGGAUCAGCCGCCGACGAACCUUGGGUACAAUACGGACUCUCGGCGAAUUCUUAUCRCACGCGACUCAAGUACCGGUAUUGCCUUUGGUGCAACAGCACCAUCCACGAUGCUGCACAUUGCCCCACCAAGGGGAAACCCCGUCAGGGAAAGUAGGCGCCGCCGAGGGAAACUCGACACCUCCCUCGACGCCAUCGGAAGCGGUUGUGGCCACGACC